AUGGGUUUUCACAACAAUGAGAAGCACAAGUUCCUGAAGAUCGUAUUGGCUCUGCCGCGUUUCAUUGCACCUGCCAAGCGGAUCCUGGAAAAUGGUUUCACGUUCUCUCCAAUGUCUCUACAAGUAAGCGGUUUACCGUUUUUUUCAGCGAUGACCGUUGAUGGAAACUGAAAUAGCCAGUUAUUAUGCAUUCUGCGUGCGUAGGCUUGAUUAAUGUCUGUUACUUGUGCCCCAGUCCUAUGCCCCGUUUGAAGCCAACAUCGACUUUGAAAUACGCUUUAUGGUGGACGUUGGUAUGACCGGGUGUUGUUGGAUAGAACUGCCUGCCGGAAAAUAUCUCUAUCGAGUUAGACGACAAGCCACAACUCCAACCAAAUCGCAGUCAGUGAAUCAGAUGCAGAGGCACCACUUCGCUAACGAAGAAGAUCGCCUAUCGCCUCUGCCUGGUCAGACGCGCUGCCAGAUCGAAGUUGACAUUGCCUUCGACGAGUUGGUGAUCUACCCUACUGAGGGUGAAUGGAGUAAAAUUGCGCCAAUGCGAAUCCUCAGCUUCGAUAUUGAAUGCGCUAAUCGAAAGGGUAAAUUGCGCUUCAUGUAGAUUGUCUUAUUAUUUUUGAUGACCUAAUUUAUCAAUGUGUGGGCUAUCUAGCCGUUCGCCUGACUUGUGUUUUUAAUCGGGAUGCAUGACUGUGUGCAUGAUACUCAGCCAACGAGUCAACGUGGCAUUUCUGCAUAUGUAGGUAUCUUCCCAGUCCCGGAGGAGGACCCUGUUAUUCAGAUUGCCAACAUGGUGGUGAAUUAUGGUGAGCAGAAGCCCUUCAUCCGGAAUGUCUUCACGCUCAACACAUGCGCGCCCAUCGUCGGUUCGCACGUCAUCUGCCAUGACAAGGAGAAUGAUAUGUUGGCGGUACUGAUCAUUUUAUUUAUAUUGUUCUCAUAA